AAACGUUGGUCUCCAGCACGGGAAUACAAAACAAGGUAUUAUCAGAGUCAUGUUCGAAGCUCCGCGCAGUAUAGAUGUAGCUAACAAUGAGGGCUGAAGUAAUAGCUUUUAGUGUGGUCGUUUGCGCCUGUAUAGUCGGGCAAAGAACUAGCACAGCAUACAACGGCUAUCAAUAUCCACAGCAAACUUAUCAAAAUGCUUAUCCCGCUCAAUUGCCGCAACUGCCACAACUGCCGCAGCUUCCACAACUUCCACCGGCAGGAUAUUACCAGCAGACUUAUCAGUACAAUCAGCAAGACCCUCAAGCAAACUCUGGUACCCAGUACCAGAGCCAGAAUUAUCAAGCGCCUGCUCAAACCUACCAAUCUUACCAAGCACCUACUUAUGCUCCUUACCCUACUUACGCUCCAUAUCCUACUUAUCCUACUUAUGCACCCAACACUGUUGCUACAGUGACCACACCACGCCCAGUAACUUAUCCAACACCACCAACACCGCCUACACCUCCAACUCCGCCUACACCCCCAACCCCACCUAUUUAUGCUCCUUACCCUACUUACGCUCCAUAUCCUACUUAUCCUACUUAUGCACCCUACACUGUUGCUACAGUGACCACACCACGCCCAGUAUUUUAUCCAACACCACCAACACCGCCUACACCUCCAACUCCGCCUACACCCCCAACCCCACCUACUUAUGCUCCUUACCCUACUUACGCUCCAUAUCCUACUUAUGCACCCUACACUGCUGCUACAACUCCAAAGCCUACUACAGCAACUCCUCCUACUCCAAAAACCCCGCCUACCCCACCAACUCCACCCACCCCACCAACGCCGCCUACCCCACCUACACCACCAACACCACCGACGCCAGCCCCACCACAGACACCGAAAACCCCUGCAACUCCAGCUACACCAAAGCCACCUAAAACCCCUGCAACUCCAGCUCCACCAAAGCCACCUAAAACCCCGGUAACUCCAGCUCCACCAAAGCCACCUAAAACCCCUGCAACUCCAGCUCCACCAAAGCCACCUAAAAUCCCUGCAACUCCAGCUCCACCACAGACCCCUCCCACUCCACCAACCCCUCCCACUCCACCAACCCCUCCCACUCCACCAACCCCUCCUACCCCACCAACACCACCAACUCCAGCUCCACCAAAAACCACCUAAAACCCCUGUAACUCCAGCUACACCACAGACCCCACAAACGCCAGUGACUCCAGCAACCCCAGUUACAUUACCCACACAGGCAACCCAACCACCACCCAAACCAACUGUUAAAACUUUGUCAAAUGGAAUCCAAAUCAGUUAUAUAUAAUUGACGUUUUAAAAGAACGCUAAGUUUCGUGUUUAUUUGUAUCUUUAUUUCUUUCAUAAAUUAUUAAUUUAAAUAAAGAUUAACAACUCA